CGAAUUCCAAAACAUAAGAGAACUCAGCGCAGGGAGAGUCAACACAAAAAAUUCACUUCCCUGACGAGUUUGAUGAAACACAAGCCAGAGCCUAGUAAACUAACACCUGUAGCACAAUAAGCAGCUCAGAAUCAAACGGAAAGGAACCAAGUAAGAAGAAGAGAUGGAAGACGACGGUAACGGCAGCAACAGCACCGUCGUGGACACCGCCAAGGCGGAGAGAUCGGUGUGGCUGAUGAAGUGUCCACUAGUCGUUUCCAAGUCCUGGCAAGCUCAAGCUGCCGCCUCUUCUUCCUCUUCCGUCUCCGAUUCACCUCCGGCCUCUAAAGUCGUCGUCUCUCUCGAUCCUCUUCGUCCCGACGACUCACUGCAGUUUACUAUGGAGAUGGCUGGAACUGGAAGUGACGCCGGAAACAUGCCGAAAAGCUACUCGCUUAAUAUGUUCAAAGACUUUGUUCCUAUGUGUAUUUUCUCUGAGACAAAUCAAGGAAGAGUUGCUGCAGAAGGGAAAGUCGAACAUAAAUUUGACCUGAAACCACACAAUGAAAACAUGGAAGAGUACAGAAAAAUGUGUCGUGAGAGGACAAAUAAAUCGAUGGUCAAAAAUAGACAAAUUCAAGUGAUCGACAAUGAUCGUGGUGUGCACAUGAGGCCUAUGCCUGGAAUGGUAGGCUUGAUUGCAUCCAAUUCUAAGGAUAAGAAGAAAGCAGCUCCAGUUAAGGGAUCAGAUGUCAAGAGAACUAGACGGGAUCGUGGAGAACUAGAAGAUAUCAUGUUUAAACUUUUUGAAAGACAACCUAAUUGGGCCUUGAAGCAGCUUGUGCAAGAGACUGAUCAACCUGCGCAAUUUCUGAAGGAGAUACUGAAUGAGCUCUGCGUCUACAAUAAAAGGGGUACAAACCAAGGAACAUAUGAGCUGAAGCCAGAGUAUAAAAAGUCUGUUGAGGAUACAGGUGCUGAGUAAAUGUUUUAUCUCUGACUGUAUAUUAGAUUUGAAAAAGACAACGAAUUGCCUGACAUGAGGAGAGACAUUUGGAGAAAAUACUUCUUUUUUACUAAGCUAAAAUGACGCCCUGGUAGCUGUUGUUGUCCAUUUUAUGGAUGCGUAGAAUCCGAUGUAAAAGAGGCGUAUAGUCAUAUAGAUAAACUUUUUUUUUUUCUUGUUUUGGAUCUUUAUAUAUAUAUCCUAAGCAGAGAUUUUCUCAA